AUGGAUUUUUUCUUUUUAUGGCUAGUAACAUUCGUCGCGGGAUUUUGGAUUUUUAAAAAAAUAAAGGAAUGGCAGAACUUGCCUCCUGGGCCUUGGGGCUUACCGAUUGUUGGUUACUUGCCUUUCUUGGACCGUCAUCAGCCGCAUUUGACUUUGACUAAAUUAUCCAAGCAAUAUGGACCGAUUUAUGGCAUUGGUAUGGGCAGCGUGUAUGCUGUCGUUUUAUCUGAUCACAAACUGAUAAGAGAUGCCUUUGCUAAGGACAACUUUUCGGGACGAGCGCCGUUGUAUUUGACGCACGGUAUUAUGCAUGGAAAUGGUAUUAUUUGCGCUGAAGGCAGUCUGUGGAAGGACCAGAGAAAGUUAAUAACGAUGUGGCUGAAAAGUUUUGGUAUGAGUAAGCAUAGCGUGUCGCGAGAAAAGUUGGAAAAACGGAUAGCUUCGGGUGUCUACGAACUUUUAGAAAACGUCGAGAAGUCUGAAGGGAGCCCAAUGGAUUUGAGUCACAUGCUGACGAAUUCUCUAGGAAAUGUUGUGAACGAAAUUAUCUUCGGUUCGAAGUUCCCCCCUGACGAUAAAACCUGGAAUUGGUUUAGACAGAUCCAAGAGGAGGGGUGUCACGAAAUGGGGGUGGCUGGUGUUGUUAACUUUUUACCCUUUAUUAGGUUCAUUUCUGCAUCAACAAGAAAAACAAUUGAAGUUCUAACACGCGGUCAAGCUCAAACUCACAGAUUGUACGCAAGCAUCAUCGAUCGGCGACGAAAAGUUUUAGGAUUAGCGCCAGUGAAAGAAGCAGCAUAUCCCCUUCACGAAAACUUGUUUAAUGAACACCCAGACGGUCAUAUUAAAUGUAUCAAGUACAGCAAACACGCGUCCGAACACGAAGAACAUUACUUCGAUCCGAAUAUUCUAAUACCAACGGAUGGGGAGUGCAUCCUUGAUAAUUUCCUUCUAGAACAGAAGAGAAGGUAUGAGAGUGGAGAUGAAGGAGCUAAGUACAUGACGGAUGAACAAAUGUUGUAUCUUCUGGCUGAUAUGUUUGGAGCUGGUCUUGAUACUACAUCGGUGACGCUGUCCUGGUUUUUGCUGUAUAUGGCCCUUUAUCCUGAAGAACAGGAAAUAGUUCGGAAGGAGAUUCUAUCAGUGUACCCUGAGGAUGGCGAGGUGGACGGUUCCAGACUGCCACACUUGAUGGCUGCCAUUUGCGAGACGCAGCGCAUUCGAUCGAUAGUGCCCGUCGGAAUCCCCCACGGAUGCCUCCAAGACACUUUUAUAGGAAACUACAGAAUUCCCAAAGGUGCUAUGGUGAUUCCAUUGCAGUGGGCUCUGCAUAUGGAUCCAGAUGUUUGGGAAGACCCUGAAGUAUUUAGACCACAAAGAUUCCUAGCUGAAGAUGGAAGUUUGCUUAAACCUCAGGAGUUUAUACCCUUCCAGACAGGAAAACGUAUGUGUCCCGGUGACGAACUCUCGCGGAUGUUGGCGUGUGGUUUAGUGGCGCGACUGUUUCGGCGUCGGCGCGUGCGCUUGGCGACCGAUCCACCCUCUACGAAAGAUAUGCAAGGAACUGUCGGCGUCACCCUCUCACCGCCAACCGUUUCAUACUAUUGCGACCCUUUAUGA